AUGCCACCACCACCACCACCACCAUCACAACCCCAAACACCGCACGACCUCCGCCUAGCCUGCCGGAACGGCACCCACACGACAACAACCAGCCUGAGCUCUCCAACCGUUCAAUGCAACCUCCUGGUCCUCCCAUCCCGCUACGCCCCCUCCUUCACGCAACUCUGCGCGCGGAACCCGGUCUCCUGCCCGCUACUGUACUCCACGUUCCCGGGCAGCAAGACCGCGCCGCCGCUGGCGGUGGGGGCGAACCUGGCGACCGACCUCCCGAGGUACAACGUGUACCGGGACGGGAAACUGGUGGCGGAGCGCGCGGAGGUGGAGGAGGAGUGGACGGCGGACCACGUCGGCUUCCUGAUCGGCUGCUCUUACUCCUUCGAGUGGGCGCUGAGUGCUGCGGGCUUCCCGCCGAAGCAUACGCUGUGCGUGCCGGUCAAGUGCGUGCCAAUGUUCCGCACGGCGGUCCCCCUGGCGCCGGCGGGGGAGUUUACGGGUGGGUGUUUGGUCGUCUCCAUGAGGGCGUAUAGGGAGCGGGACGUGGCGGAGGUUAGGCGCAUCACGCGCGCGUUCAGGAGGCAGCAUGGGGAACCCGUGGCCUGGGGCUGGGCUGGAGCUAGGAUGCUGGGGAUUGAGGAGAAGGUUAGGAAGGGGUUGGUGGACUUUGGGGAGUGGGUUGGGAUUGAUGGGGAGGUUGGGGAGGUUCCGGUUUUCUGGGGGUGUGGAGUUACUCCGCAGGUGGCGGUCAUGGAGAGUGGAAUUCAAGGUGUGGUUAUCAGCCAUGUUCCCGGGUGCAUGUUUGUUACGGAUGUCCCAGUUGAGGAGGAAGAGGGUCCUAAUCCUAAACUGUGA